AUUUAUCUAAUGUCGCUUUACAUUUUAGAAAGUUGCAGCAGCUUAGCAAAAUCAAUUGCUUGCAAAAUAAAGACCACCCCCAAAAUAGAAUUGUUGACAAAGAAUCCCUCUGGGGUGGAUGAUGGUGCCGACGCCUACCAUAACAUAGAAGACGCCUGUAACGGAAAGCCGUCCAAACGAUCCAAUUACACUUGCAGUGAAGGAAAUUCUCCAGGAGGAUUUGUUUGCUUAAAAUCCAGCAUUCUUCGGUAUAUCUAUGAUCUUGGAACAUCUACUCAGUACAAUUUUCAGGUAAAUGCCAUUGCAGGUGCUUGCCACACAUCUACAUCCAAACAUUAUUUGGGGGAAGCAGUAGAUCUGGAACUGGACAAUGGACCUACUCGGAAGGCACAGGAGAAAUCCUACAUGGACGCCUGUAAAGCUGCUGGGGGGUGGUCACAUGGAGGGACUCAUGUUCACUGUCAGAUAGUUCCUUCCCAGCAACAGAACCACCUGAGUAGAACAGCUUUGUUUUGGAAAUCUUUCUCUGAAGAGAUAAAGGAUGGGUUCACUAAGUAUUGAAGAGGAAGGUUAAAAUUACGAGAAUCAAACGUUGAGACAGCAGUAUAUUACAAUAUUAGAUUUACGAACUUGGAAAAAGCUGUGUAACAACGACUCUCAGACCUUUUUAGCACAUUAAAAUCAUUUGAUGUCUAAUUUGUAAAUCAAUAUAAUUUGAACAAUACAACGAUGUAUUACGUAUUUUUAUCGAAUAAACAAAAGUACAUAUUUAAAAA